CGUGACGCGCGGCGGCCAGGCUGCGGCAGCGGUAGCAGCCGUGAUGAAACCCAGACCCGCGAGUUUCGUGGACAACAAGCUGAAGCAGCGAGUCAUCCAGUACCUCACCAGUAACAGAUGUGGCAAAUAUGUGGACACUGGAGUCUUAGCAUCUGAUCUACAGAGAAUGUACAGUUUAGACUAUGGUCGAAGGAAAAGAAAUGCCUUUCGGAUUCAGGUGGAAAGAGUGUUCAGCAUCAUUAGCAGUGAAAAGGAGCAUAAGGAUCUGAAAGAAUUAGAAGAUGAACACCUGGCAAAAAGAGCAAGACAAGGCGAAGAGGAUAAUGAGUAUUUCGAAAGCUCUUCAGAUGGUGAUUCAGACAUGGAAGAUCACCCAGACCCACAGUUGGCAAAUCACAUGAACAGUUCCCUGCUCUCCUUGUAUCGGAAAGGAAAUCCAGACUCCGUCUCAAGUGCUCCCAAGACGCAGCAGAGAGAAACCAGCGCUUCAGCACCACCGAUACCGUCCAAAACCGGCUCCCCUCCUCGGAAGACCCCCGCCAGAGGUUCCGAAGCUGGAUGGUUCAUUGACAGAACUCCAGGUGGAAAGACAGAAAGUAUUUUCUUGGACCUACCAGAGGAGAAGAGUAAUAAUAAGAAGCCGAUAUCUGACAUAGAGGAUUCAAAAGAGUCUUCUCUUCUGGAAAGUGACAAGAAAAGGAAGGGCAGGUUAAAGCGCAAAGGAGACAAAAGGAAGAAAGAAGCUCUUCAGGAAGUAGAUGGGGAAAUAGAAGCCAUCCUGCAAAAGAAAGCUGAUGCCAUAGGGCUGGAAUUCCAGAUCUCCAGCGUGAAGUUUGAAGAUGUCGGAGGCAAUGACACGACGUUAAAGGAAGUCUGCAAGAUGCUCAUACACAUGCGCCACCCGGAGGUCUACCAGCACCUGGGCGUCGUCCCCCCUCGUGGAGUUCUCCUUCACGGACCGCCAGGCUGCGGGAAGACGCUGCUUGCACACGCAAUUGCUGGGGAACUUGACCUUCCAAUUCUGAAAGUAGCUGCCACGGAGAUUGUGUCUGGAGUGUCUGGAGAAUCUGAGCAGAAGCUGAGAGGGCUGUUUGAACGAGCUGUGUCAAACGCACCCUGCGUCCUUUUUAUUGAUGAAAUUGAUGCCAUUACCCCCAAAAGAGAAGUUGCUUCGAAAGAUAUGGAACGGAGGAUUGUAGCUCAGCUCCUCACCUGCAUGGACGAUCUGAACAGCGUGGCCGCUACAGCCCGGGUCCUCGUCAUCGGAGCCACGAACCGGCCGGACUCGCUGGACCCCGCUCUGCGGCGCGCAGGAAGGUUUGACCGGGAAAUAUGCCUUGGUAUCCCAGACGAGGCGUCCAGGGAAAGAAUACUUCAGACUCUGUGCAGAAAGCUAAGACUCCCUGAAACGUCUCACUUUCGGCACCUGGCGCACCUCACGCCGGGCUUCGUCGGUGCGGACCUGAUGGCGCUGUGCCGCGAGGCGGCCGUGUGUGCGGUCAGCAGGGCCUUGACGCAGCUGCAGGCCGGGCCGCGGGGAGAGCCGGAGCAGGAAGGGCGGCCGUUUGAAGGGGGCCAGGACGGAAGCGCGGGGACGGAGCCCACGUGCACGGCACAGGAUGAAUUGCAGAGUCUGCUGAGGUUGCUAAGAAACCAAGAUCCCCUCUCAGAGGAGCAGCUGCAAGGGCUGUGCAUUGAAUUGAAUGAUUUCAUUGUUGCCCUGUCCUCGGUCCAGCCCUCUGCCAAAAGGGAAGGCUUUGUCACUGUCCCUAACGUGACAUGGGCAGACAUCGGUGCCCUGGAGGACAUUAGGGAUGAGCUCACCAUGGCAAUAUUGGCGCCAGUGCGAAACCCGGAGCAGUUCCAGGCGCUCGGAUUGGCGACUCCGGCGGGAGUGCUGCUCGCCGGUCCUCCGGGCUGCGGGAAGACUCUGCUGGCGAAGGCUGUUGCGAAUGAGUCUGGACUAAAUUUCAUAUCUGUCAAGGGCCCUGAACUACUAAAUAUGUACGUCGGUGAGAGUGAGCGUGCUGUGCGGCAGGUUUUCCAGCGAGCCAAGAACUCGGCGCCCUGCGUGAUCUUCUUCGACGAGGUGGACGCCUUGUGCCCUCGGAGAUCGGACCGAGAGGCGGGGGCGAGUGUCCGGGUGGUGAACCAGCUGCUCACAGAGAUGGAUGGUCUGGAAACACGGCGGCAGGUCUUCAUCCUGGCCGCCACGAACAGGCCAGACAUCAUUGACCCUGCGAUCUUGCGCCCCGGCCGCCUGGAUAAAACCCUCUUCGUGGGCCUGCCGCCCCCAGCCGACCGCCUGGCCAUCUUGAAAACGAUCACGAGAAACGGCACCAAACCCCCGCUGGACGCAGACGUGCGCCUGGAAGCGGUUGCGGAGGACCGGCGCUGCGAAGGCUACUCGGGCGCGGAUCUGUCUGCGUUGGUGCGGGAAGCUUCUCUCUGCGCCCUGAGGCAGGAAAUGGCAAGGCAGAAAAGCGGAAGCGAAAGAGGUGACCUCAAGAUUAGUCAGAAGCAUUUCGAAGAAGCUUUCAAGAAAGUAAAAUCAUCUAUAUCAAAAAAGGAUCAGGUGAUGUACGCAGCUCUGAGGCAGUCCUUGAGCCAGUGACUUCUCCUGCAGCCGGCCUGGGGCGGGGAGCGAGACCCCACAGGCUCUGAGCUGCCGCUUUCCGCUCGACAGACGUGGCCCCUGCAACCUGCUCUCAGACUAAGGAGGCCGAGUCGGAGCUGAAGAUCUCUUCCCAUCCGGUCCGCCUUGUGUGGGAACAGCCUACCUCUUUAAGAAAAAAAUCUGAACUGCCAAAAUAAAGUAGCCGAUACCUUUUAUAAAUAAAAUUUUUAUUUUGAAA